AUGGUUCCAAAAACUACUACAACAUCAGUCACUAGCACAACUCCAACAACUACGACAAAUCCAACAACUAUUGUAGCUCCAACAACGACUACAACUCCAACAACUACUGCAACACCAACCACUACUACAACAAUAACCUCUACAACUCCAACUCGAAUCACUACUACAACUCCAACCACUACUACAGCUCCAAUGAGUACUACAACUCCAACCACUACUACAAAUCCAACAACUCCAAAAACUAGUAUGACGUCAACCACUAGUACAGCUGCAACACCUUCUACAAAUACAACCACUGCUACAACACCAACCACUAGUAAAACAGCAACCACUACUACAACACCAACAUCUACAAUUCCAACACCUACUACAACUCUAAGCACUACUGCAACUCCAAGAAGUACUACAACACCAACCACUACCACAACAGUAACAACUUUCACAACUCCAACCACUGCCACAACUCCAACCACUUCUAAGCCAAGCACCACUACAACUCCAAUAACUGCUACAAAUCCAACCACUACUUGGACUCCGAUAAAAAUUACAGUUAAAAACAAUACUACAACUUUAACCACUACUACAACCCUAUAA